AUGGUGCAACAUGGAAUGAUAUCAUCAACAACAAAACAGAUGAUAUCAACAACAGAUAAUGAAGUAAGUUUAAUCAACACUGAUCUAGAUAAAUAUCAAAAAGAAAAAAUAAAGCAACUCAUUCACAAGUUUCCGGAUGUGUUUAAUGAACAACCAGGAAGAACAAAAAAAUUACAACAUCAAAUUAAUUUAGUUCCAGAUGCGCAACCGGUUAAUUCACCACUAUUUCGAUAUGCACCAACAAGAAAACAAAUGAUCGAACAAAACUUAAAUGAAAUGUUAGAUCAAGGAAUUAUCUCACCAUCAACAAGCCCAUGGGCAUCACCAGUCAUAUUAGUACCAAAAAAAGAUGGAAGUUUACGUUUCUGUAUCGACUAUCGAAAAUUAAACACAGUAACAAUUCGUGACGCAUAUCCACUUCCAAGAAUAGAUGAUACAUUAGAUUCAUUACAACAAGCAAAAUUUGUAUCUACACUUGAUUUACGCUCCGGAUAUUGGCAGGUGGAAAUGGGCAAAGAUGCAAGACAAAAAACCGCCUUUGUAACACAUAAAGGCCUAUUUGAAUUUAACGUUAUGCCAUUCGGAUUAACAAAUGCACCAGCAACAUUUCAACGAUUAAUGGAUAUAGUAUUAGCUGGUCUUAAGUGGCAAUGUUGUCUCGUAUACAUCGAUGAUGUGGUCAUUUUCUCUCCAACAUUUGAACAACACAUGACGGAUUUAGAAAGAGUAUUUCAAGCUCUUCAAUCCGCAAAUCUGACAUUGAAAGCAUCAAAAUGUCAAUUCUGCCGUCGAGAAAUGCGUUAUUUGGGACACAUCAUCACACAAAAUGGCAUUAAACCAGAUCUAGAUUUAAUCAAAUCCGUAACGAAUUUUCCUCAGCCGAAGAAAAUCAAAGAUGUUCAAUCAUUCCUGGGUUUAACUGGUUAUUAUCGCCGAUUCAUCAAGGAUUACUCAAAAAUAGCGGAGCCACUGUUACAACAGCUUCGAAACUCUCAACAAGGUAAUCAUCAAUUGAAAUGGUCAAAAGAAUGCACCAAUGCCUUUGAAACAUUAAAAAAAAAAUUAACAAAUGCGCCAAUUAUGAAUACACCAAACUUUGAACAACCGUUCAUAUUGGAACUCGAUGCUUGUGAAUAUGGCUUGGGAGCAAUAUUAACACAAGAAUAUGAUGAAAAUAAAUAUGUAAUAGCUUAUGCAAGCCGAACAUUAUCAACAGCUGAACGAAAAUAUGGAGCGACAGAACGAGAAGCAUUAGCCAUUUUAUGGGCAACAAAAUAUUUUCGUCCAUACCUCGAAGGAAAUAAAAUUUACAUUAGAUCGGAUUGUAAAGCAUUAGAAUGGAUGCGAACGGCAAAAGAUGUAACAGGCCGAUUAGCCCGCUGGGCGAUGAAAUUGUCAACUUAUCAAAUCGAAGAAAUCAAAUAUCGCCCUGGAAAAUUAAACGCUAACGCCGAUUCGUUAUCACGUAAUCCACUACCAAUUGAUGAUAUCAAUCAAUAUGAAGUGUCAGCAAUAGAAACAGCUGUUAACCUAUGGCAAAAUACAAAUAUUCUUAAUGAUAUAAAAAAAGAACACGAAGCCGACUCGAAAUUAAAACCAAUUAUUGAACUUUUAAAAAACAAGUCAACGUUAGAAUUUAAUGACAAACGUAAUCCACAUGUUCUCGUUAAUGGAUUAUUAUACAAAAUUAAAAACUCAAAGAAGCAUUAUAAUCAACGUAUAGUUGGAGAAAAACAUUUACUUGUCAUUCCGAAAACAAUGCAAAAUGAACUACUAAGAUGGGCUCAUGAUCACCCAACAGCUGGACACGGUGGUCAACAAAAAACAUUAUUUAGACUGUCGACAAGAGUAUAUUGGAAAUCAAUGAGAAAAGAUAUAUUUAAUUACGUAGCUGCGUGUCAAGAAUGUCAACAAUUCAAAUAUAAAAACGCUCCAACAUCAAGUUUAAUGCAAAUGCAUUUAGUGAACGAGCCGUGGCACACAAUUGGUAUGGAUAUUUUAGGACCACUGCCGACUACAACAAGACAAAAACGAUUUCUCCUCGUUGUGGUAGAUUAUUUUACUCGAUGGGUCGAACUGUUUCCACUAAAAUCAACUACAUCAAAUGAUAUAGCAAACAUCCUCACCAACGAAAUAUUCUCAAGAUAUGGAUUACCAAAACACAUCGUAUCAGAUAAUGAGAGCAAUAUGACAGAACGUGUGAACAGAACAUUAAAGCCGUUAAUUGCCAUAUACGCUCAACAACGACCCAACUCAUGGUAUAAUGAAAUUCAAAAAUUAGCUUUCGCAAUCCGAACAGCAGUCAAUGAUACAACAGGUGAAACUCCAGCAUUUAUGAUGUUCGGUCGAGAUCCUAGAGGACCACUUGAUUUAUUAAUUGGUGAAACAACAGAAGAAGCACAGCCGACAACUAGUGAGCAUCGACAAAUUCAAGAAUAUAAAAAGAAUUUAAUCAAUAAUCUACGAUGGGCGUAUAAUAUUGUUAAAGAACAUUCAGAAAUAGAAAAAUUAAAACAAAAAUAA